UCCAUACAUAUACAACAUGCAGCUAACACUCAUUGCUCUGCUCUGCUGUCUGCUUGGCGCCGCCUGGGCCAUGCCUCAGCCGGAACGCCAGCCGGAGCCGGCGCAGCCCAAGGCAGAUGUCUGGAACGAGAGGAAGCAGUUUAAUCCGCCCAAUGAGCAGCGAUUCCUCGUAGAUGGCAUCUACAACAAGGAUAACAGCGGCAAGGAUGUGGCCGCCCGGGUUCAGGUGCCCGUCUGGACCAGCGACAACAAGCGCCACGAAUUCGAUACCGUCGUCCAAUAUGGCCAACAUCUGGGCGGUCCCUAUGGCGAUAGUCCACCAUCGUAUGGCAUUGGAGGAAAUUAUAGAUUCCGAUUUUAAUUAAAUACCAAUUUCUUUUCUUUUUGUAACUACAAAUAUGUUAAUAAAAAAAGUCUUUCGGCAAAUGUAAA